CCAAGUUGAGGCAGGCACAUGUAGCAGUGGUCGUAAUUAGUGGGAACCACAGAAUGUCACUUUUGCGUUUGAAAAAUGACAGGCGAGGGAGAGAAAGGGUCGGGUUAUGCAGUUGUGGUAGUCGUGGACUGCAUUCUUACCUUGCCUUUCACUAAACCAAGAAGCUGAGGCAUCCCUUAUUGUGUGUGGUUCUCUUUUCCUUAUCUCUACCCCCAAAAUCUUUAAACUUCGCUAUAUAUAAAUAAAAUGCAUUAUCUUCUUCACAAGCUCCUCUUAAUCCCUUGUUUUUGUGUAACACGCAAGAACCAUGUCAGAUAAAGUGAAUGGGUUGCCCGAGGACCAAGCGUGGCAAGAGCUGAAGCUUCCAGACUUGCUCAACAGUGAUGCUGUAAGAGAAAUCCAUGCAACGAUUGAAAAAGAAUGGGAUUUCCUUAAGAGGUCAGCUUGCCAAACUGCUGCGGGAAGGGCUCUGUGGAAACAUGCCAUCCAUGAUCCACUCGCUGAUUUACUGGCAGGGGAGACUUACUUGAGAAACCUCCAUGAAAAGAUCAAGAACGACCGCCUCAACAAUGCUCGUGAAAUUUCUGGAGUCAUUCUUGCAGUACGAACCCUCUGGUUUGAUUCUAGGCUAGAAGAUGCCCUCAAUUCCCCAACUGCCAGAGCAGCUCAGGUUGUUCUCCUUGGCGCAGGAAUGGACACGAGAGCAUAUCGUUUGAGUUGCUUGAAGGACAGUGAUGUGUAUGAGGUAGACUUUUCAGGAGUGUUGGAUGUAAAGACCACUAUUUUACAAGCGGCUGCGGACUCAGCGUACGACUCGCAACAUAUUAUGUCCAAAGCCAAAUCCUUAACCAGAGUAGCAGCCGACAUAAGAGAAAAUGACUGGAUGGAAAAGCUUGAGACUGCGGGAUACAUACCUCAAAAGAGCACUGUUUGGAUUCUAGAAGGUAUCAUCUACUACCUCACCCAAUCCCAAGCCAUGCAAGUGCUGAGAAUUUUGGCUAACAAAUGCGUGUUAGCACACACAGUCCUUUUAGCAGACUUCAUGAAUAAGCCAUCAACCACUCUAUCCAAUUCAGUCUUCCAAUUUUACAGCGAUUGGCCAGACCAUCUAUUGCCAUCCCUAGGGUUCACUAAUGUAAAACUUUCACAAAUUGGAGACCCAGAUGCCCAUUUUGGUCUCUUAAAUGAUCCAUUAAAUCUCUUCAACAGGCUCCGCAGUUUGCCCAGAUCGCUACAAACCAAUCCAGACGAUGGAAAACCAUGCUGCCGAUUGUACUUGGUGGAAGCUUCUGGUUCACCUGAUCAAAAUGUUUCACAUAAUGGACCAAACACUCAGUCUUGAUAUGUAUAACCCUGUCUCAGAUUCACGUCCAAUAAUCUUGUGGAGAUGUAUCCUCAUUAAUUGUAUUGUACAAUUAGCACAUGGGAAGUAGGUAUCACAUUUUUAUUUGCAAA